CAAGAGACUUUGACGAUGGGAAAAGAUGUUAUGUUAAAUUAAAUGAAUUGGAAAAGGACACCAGCGUGGUGGGAUUGUGGCAUGCCAAUCAGCAUGAAACAACCUUAUCCACGCUGGUCAGUGGCAAGGUACCUAGCCAAAAGCUAAUCCAUCAAUGGCACGCUAAAGCAAGAUGAGUUCUUGGAAAAUUUAAAUGACAGUGUAUAGUAGUGCAGAUCAACAACGAGGAUAAGUGUAAGUGGAUUAAGAAGAAUUCCGAGAAAAAGAUGGAGUAUAGUAUGAGUUUGAAUCGAUCGGCAAUAGCCGCACCAAUCCCAUCCUCUAGUUGGUCGUCGCCCAUUGCAUCUGCAAUGGCUUUGCCAAGAUUUGGAUGCUAUUAUAAGAGGAAAAUGGCAGUAAGAUGCUUUAUUGGACACUCAACAGGAUUAAGAGAAACAAUCUGCAGAAAACUGCAAGCAAGCUUUGGAGCAGUUGUCUUACUGAAUGCUGUUACUAAUCAGGUCAUUGCUGCAGAGUACUCACAGAGCAACAUUUGUCAACUUGCAUCUAUCACAGAAAAUAGCACAACUCUAACAAUUGAUAACUCAAGCGAGGAUGAAAAUCAGAAUCUAAUGAUGACUGGCAUGACUGCCAAUAAUUUUAAUCCAAUUAGGUAUUCAGGAAGAUGGUUUGAGGUUGCCUCUCUCAAGCGUGGAUUUGCAGGCCAGGGACAAGAAGAUUGCCAUUGUACACAAGGUGUGUAUUCAUUCGAUGCCAAAAAUCGGGCUAUUCAAGUUGAUACGUUUUGUGUUCAUGGCAGUCCAGAUGGGUACAUUACUGGUAUAAGAGGAAACGUUCAAUGCCUAAAUGAGGCAGAAAUCAAGAAGGCAGAGACUAAGCUAGAGAGACAAGAAAUGAUUAGAGAGAAAUGUUUUCUUCGCUUUCCUACAAUUCCUUUCAUACCUAAGCUGCCAUAUGAUGUGAUUGCGACAGAUUAUGAUAAUUUUGCUAUUAUAUCAGGAGCAAAAGACAGGAGUUUUGUUCAGAUUUACUCACGGACACCUAACCCAGGACCAGAUUUCAUUGAGAACUAUAAAACCUAUUUGUCAAGUUUUGGGUACGAUCCAAGUGACAUAAAAGAUACUCCACAAGAUUGUGACGUGAUGCCGACCAGUCAAUUAGCGCUGAUGAUGUCUCAACCAGGAAUGCAACAAGCUUUGACAAAUCAAUUUCCUGAAUUGGGUUUGAAGCGUGCCGUACAGUUUGAUCCUUUUACUAGUGUACUUGAAACAUUCAAAAAGCUCAUUGAGCUUUACUUUAAGUAAACUCCCACUUCAUGUCUCUUUUCCAUAUUUGUUGAUUAUAUUAUUGGUGAUUAUAAGAACAAAAAAACUAUGUACAUUGUACAGUGCCAAAUUGAUGCUAAGUUAAGCAGAAAGUCUAUGCGGUAGAAGCUCAUAUGAUACGUUUGGGUUAGAGUACAUGAUAAGCAUAAUAUUCCUAAGAGGCAUUCAAAUAUGAAUUCCAACUCUAGAAAGAUAGUUAAGAGAUUGUAUUUGGAGUUGCACAAAUGUUAUUAUUAUUAAAUUGCAGGACAAUGUCAUGAUAAAUUAGCAAAGUAAUUUUUCAAAAGGAAAA